AUGGCAUUUACUUUUGUUGUUAAUCAAGAAAACCAAACUGCAGAAAUUAUUACUACUAAUAAAUUUACAACCCUCUUAAAUCAAGAAUUAAUUAAACAAUUAACACAAAUUGCUACUGCAGCUAUAGAUGAACCUCAAACAGUAAAAGAUGCAGUUGAUAAAUUUAAAGUAUAUAAAAUUCCUCUCCCUCCAACAAUAGAAAUGCCAUCACAAUCAUCAAAUAAAAUGGAAGAAUGUGUUAAUAGAGAACGUGCAUUUACACCAUUAAGAAGAAUGACUCCAAUUACACGUACAUCUCCAAGAAUGUCUCCAGCAACUCCUGGAUAUGCUCAACUAGAACCAGAAUUAUCUGCUAAAUUACCUCAACAAUCAACUUCUCCAAAGAGAAAAAGAGCUAUUACUCCUCACAAAUUAAAUUUCCAUCAAACUAUAGAAACUACUAUUGAUGACUCAACAAAACAAAAACUUAUAAGUGUAUUGAAUAAAACAGGUUCAGAAGAACAACAUUAA